UGAAACUCUGUAACGCGACAUGGCGAAGUUCUGGAAACCUGGAACUGAAAAACCUCGACUUGUAGAAGACGAAGAUGGCGGAGUUCUAUUCUUCUACUCCACCAAUUCUUCUUCCUCAUCUUCUGGUUUCGGAUACGCCAAUAACAUCAACAAUCAGCGUCAAAGACUACCUGUAUAUAAGCGCAGAGACGCUAUUCUCUUUCUCGUCGAAACUCACGCCACUACCAUUGUUGUCGGCGAAACUGGCAGUGGAAAAACUACUCAAAUUCCUCAGUAUUUGAAUGAAGCAGGAUGGUCUGAUGGUGGUCGUGUUAUUGCUUGCACUCAACCUCGACGCCUUGCUGUUCAGUCAGUUGCUUCAAGGAUUGCGGAAGAAAUGGGUGUUAAACUUGGUGAGGAGGUUGGUUAUGUAAUCAGAUUCGAAGAUGUAACAACCUCGGGUGUUACUAAGAUCAAGUUCCUUACGGAUGGAGUGUUGCUGAGGGAAAUGAUGGAUGAUCCUCUUCUGUCCAAAUACAGUGUCAUUAUGGUAGAUGAAGCACAUGAACGGUCUAUUUCAACUGAUAUUGUGCUCGGUCUCUUAAAGAAGAUUCAGAGGCGUAGGCCUGAACUACGUUUAAUUAUCUCAUCUGCAACUAUUGAAGCAAAAUCCAUCGCAUCUUUCUUCAGAGUCAGUAAGAAGUGUCGAGAAGGAACUGGCGACGGACUUGGCCCUAAGACAGAACCUGCCAUUAUUUCAGUUGAGGGAAGAGGCUUUACUGUGGAAGUCAACUAUGUUCAGGAGCCUGUUGCAGACUAUCUUCAAGCUGCUGUUUCAACUGUUCAGUUGAUUCACAAACAGCAACCAAUUGGUGAUAUUCUUGUAUUUCUUACGGGUCAAGAUGAUAUAGAUGCUGCUGUUCAGCUGCUUAAUGAAGAAGCUCAGAGUUCUGACAGAAACACUGGAGAAUUGCUUGUUCUGCCUUUGUACUCUGGACUUUCACGUGCAGAGCAGGACUUAAUCUUUUCCCCUACUCCUAGAGGGAAAAGGAAGGUAAUCAUAUCAACAAAUAUUGCUGAGACAUCAUUGACCUUGGAGGGGGUAGUCUAUGUUGUAGAUAGUGGUUUCUCGAAACAGAGAUUUUAUGAUCCGAUAUCAGACAUUGAGAAUUUGGUGGUGGCACCCAUAUCAAAGGCUUCUGCAAGACAAAGGGCAGGUAGGGCUGGAAGAGUGAGACCUGGGAAGUGUUACAGGCUAUACACGGAGGAGUACUAUGUUAAUGAAAUGCCAGCCGAGGGGAUUCCUGAGAUACAGAGGUCAAACCUUGUCUCUUGCGUUAUACAAUUAAAGGCUCUAGGAAUUGAUAAGAUUCUGGGAUUUGAUUGGCCUGCAUCACCGUCACCAGAAGCUAUGAUUAGAGCUCUUGAAGUAUUGUACUCUUUAGGUGUUCUUGAUGAUGAUGCCAAGCUCACUUCACCUACUGGCUUCCAACUUGCUGAGAUUCCACUGGAUCCUAUGCUCUCAAAAGCUAUACUUGCAUCUAGUGAAUUAGGGUGUUCAGAGGAGAUGCUUACUAUAGGGGCGGUUCUUUCUGUACAGUCAAUCUGGAUCUCUGUCAAAGGAGCAAAAAAGCAGCUGGAUGAAGCCAAGCUCCGUUUUGCUGCUGCUGAGGGUGACCAUGUAACUUUUCUAAAUGUAUACAAAGGAUUUCUGCAGUCUGGUAAAUCAUCAAAAUGGUGUCAUAAGAACUUUAUAAACUAUCAUGCUAUGAAAAAAGUUCUUGAGACUAGGGAACAACUCAAAAGAACAGCAAAACGGCUAGGCAUAGUCUUAAAAUCUUGUGACAGAGACAUACAGGAUGUAAGGAAGGCAAUAACUGCUGGAUUUUUUGCCAAUGCUUGUCAGUUGGAACCAUACAGCCAUGAAGGGAAAUACAAGACCAUCAGGACUUCUCAGGAUGUUUAUAUCCACCCUUCAUCUGUUUUGUUCAGAGUAAACCCAAAGUGGGUUGUAUACCAUUCUCUUGUCUCAACUGAUCGCCGAUACAUGCGUAAUGUCGUGACAAUAGAUCCUUCAUGGUUAGUCGAGGCUGCUCCACAUUAUUAUCAGUACCAAGGGCCUGGUCCAAUUGGUACUUUGACUAGGUAGUGCAUAUUAGAGAUAUUAUACUUGGUGAUCCCCAUGAUUAGCAUUGGGAUGGUAUAUUUUCCGCAAGUGUAAGUGCAGGUAUAUUGCAUUUAGAUGAGAAACUCUUUGUAGAUUUUCUCCAACCUGGAUACAGACGGUGAGAAUUGCGGUCGAGGGACAGAAAAUUUGUAGGGGGUUGAAGAGGAGAUCUGCUGAUGAAUGUUUCUAAUCUUGUAUCAGAAGAAAGUAGCACUGUAAAGUCUGUAAACCCCCUUUGCUGGGAGAGAAAGAAAAAGGAAAUUCUUACAGAAUGAGAGGAGACAAUUGUUUUGAAUGGCUUUUUCUUUGUGGUUUUUUUUUGUGCGUGAUCUGAAUACAUUUUCCAAACAGAUGUUAGAAUGGAAAUUAAUUAUCAAAUUACGUUUUGUCUGAGGUCAUUAAGAAUGGUUUUCUUCACCUGAA